AUGACUUCCAACAUUGCUGAGUCACUUAAUGCAGCCACCGUGGCAGCUAGAGAAGUACCUGUCACAAAACUUUUGGAGUGUUUGCAUGGAUUAAUCCAAGAUUGGACAUACACUAAUAGGAAACUAGUUCAAAAAACAAUGACAAGAUUGACACCAGUUGCAGAACAAGCACUCACCAAAAACUUCGUAUACUCUUUGAGAUUACUAUUUCAGAAGGAUGAAAUGCCAAGUGGUCAUGCCCUUGCUGUGAUGAAGGAGAUGAACAUAGACCCCUACGAUUAUUGUUCACAUUACUACACAACAAAUGUAUGGCUAGAAACAUACGAUGCAACUAUGUAUCCAGUAGGGAAACAACAACAUUGGGAAUUACCAAACUUUUUCAAAGACAUCAUAGUGUUGCCUCCAUUUGAAAGAGUGAAGGCUGGAAGACCAAAAAAAAGAAGAAUUAUAGCUGCUUGGGAAACUAAAAAGAAGAACAAGUGCAGCAAGUGUGGACAAAGAGAUCAUAAUAGGAAAAUAUGUCGAACCCAACCACCAAGAACUUGA